AAAAAAAUCGACUUAAAAAUAAAGUAAAAAGUAAGUUUGUUUGUUUUGCAACAGUUGAAAUGUUAUUUAAACAUCGGAAACGUGCUUCUACAACAUUCAAUCGAUAAAAGAAAUCGGGUAGUGCUGUUUCUAAAAGUUUCCAAACAAAUCAGAAGCAACUAGAAAAGUAAUAUUAUUGCCAAUAUCGCUAUGAAUCUUCAAUAUUUUAUAUAAAAAAGGAGAUGGACAGAAAAACAAUACUUUUCAUAGUUUUAUUAAAAGUCUUAAUUUGUAGAAGGCUGAGUUGGUGCUACACCCCACAGGGAGCUUUAUACCUUGAGGACUCUGGUAAUACUAGUUUGGACUCGUAUGAAAUUUAUCGAAAUGAUGGAAGUUUCACUGUCAACACCGUGGGCUGCAUCAUCCCUCCCAUCAAUAUUCGUGACGUUACAAUACAAAAAUACAUAAACGAAACAAACAAAAGUGCAAAAUUAUGUUACAAUUAUAAUACACGUUUGUUAGCGAGCAACCAAACACACAUAUGGGUGAAAAAAAGUAAUUUUAUUCACCAUGACGUUCAGAACGAAUCAAACUUUAUGUGUUGUUAUGAAUCCUUCCAUAAACCACUAUCAAUUCGGAAUACAUCCAAGUACUUCGUCGACAACAUCCAAUAUUUAAGUUGCAUAUUGUUUAAUGACAUCAUAGAAGUAAGUAACGAAUUUGUUAAAGUAAAUUGUUCCUAUGAAAACAAAAAAAUAUAUGAACAAUAUUUUGUGUUUACACCGAAAAAAGAAUUCACUUACACCAGAAACAAUCCAUUCAAACCUGAGCUUGAUAACAAAAAAAAAUACAAUAUUAUCAUGUUGGGAAUGGGAUCAAUGUCAAGACAGAACUUUUAUCGAACGAUGCCUAAAACGCUUGAGCUACUGAAAAAAUGGGAUGCCAUCGAACUAAAAGGCUACAAUACUGUAGCUAGAGAUACUUUUGAAAAUAUGAUGCCAGUUCUUGUCGGUAUGAACAUUACAGAAAUACAAACUACUUGUUGGAAAGAUCCAUGGUCUUCAUUAGACAACUGUCCUUAUAUUUGGGAAAGAUUUAAAGAUAUGGGCUAUUACACAGCAUUGGUGGAAGAUACUUCUAAGUUAGGUAUGUUUAAUCACUGGAAGCGUGGCUUUCAGGGUAGCCCUACAGAUUAUUAUUUACAUCCAUUUAUACAUGAAACCGAAACAUUGAACAAAAGAGAAAAUGGUAAAAUGUAUAAGAAGAAUGCAAAAAUAAAUAAUGUCGUUUCCCCUUGUAUGGGAGACAAAUAUUACUACGAAUUUCUUAUAAACUAUAUUCGACGUUUAACUAGAACACUAAAUAAAUCAAAAUUAUUCGGCCUCUUUUGGGAAACAAGCUUGAGUCAUGACAAUUUAAAUGAUCCCGUGUUAAUGGAUAAAGCGUAUUUUCAUUUAAUAAAUAAGAUGAAUUCGUCUGGCUACUUAAACGAAACAAUACUAAUAUUAUUGAGUGAUCACGGUAUGGACAGUGGGAAAAUACUUUUUACUAAACAAGGCCAGAUUGAACAGAGACUGCCAUUUGUUUUCAUUUUGAUGCCACCAUCGUUCCGUGCACAGUAUCAACUGGCUUACCACAAUCUAAAGGUUAACAAGGAACGUCUAACGACGCCUUUUGACCUUCAUGAAACAUUGGUUGAUCUCAUCGACAUGAGUGCCAGUACUGAAAAGGAGAUAAUCAAAAGAACUACAGAAUUUUAUACGCACAAUAGAGGUAUUAGUCUUUUCCUGCCGAUCCCCAAGAACAGGACUUGCGACAUGGCCGGUAUUAAAGGCUUGUGGUGUGCUUGCUAUAAUGACGUGAAUGUAGCACCAAAUAACCCAAUACUUAUGGAUGCUGUGAGCUAUUUCACGAAUAAAACAAAUGACAUGUUGAAGCUGUAUCCGCAAUGUCUGAAACUGAUAGUAGACGAUAUUAUAGUAGCAAAAGAAAUGGUACCAAUAUACACAAGAUAUAACGAAUGGCGAGACUUUAACGUGGUCAUGCGCAUGGCGCCUGGGGGCGGUAUGUUUGAGACGAUUAUGCGGUUAUACAAUAAAACUUGGACCAUCGUCGACCGCGUCAAACGACUGAACUACCCUGACUUUCGGACCAUGUGUAUAGAAGAUGCCACUUUAAAAUUAUUUUGUUUUUGUAAAUAAUUAUAAAUUAUAUAAAUGUAUCUUUUGCUUUAUGUUUUACUUACAUAUUUCAUAUAAUAUAUUAAUACCAUCUAUUUACAUUAUUAUGUUAGAAAGAGGUAAACAACCUGUCUGAAAACUUCAGGAAUAAAUAGUAAAGGGGUUUGAGUAACUUUGUAUGGACUUGUGGCGUCAUUUUUUUUUUCAGCGGCCACCAAUAAUUUUCAUGUUACUUUGUUCUGCUGUGUUCAUUACACAUAUAUGUUCAAUUAUUUUUAUCCUAAGUUAUAUCGAAGCUGAGAUAUUUGAGUUUGAAGAAUUUAAAAAUGUAGUCUAGUAAAUACUUCAAUUACCGUCCUGUGUAAAAAAAUCUUAGUUAUGUUAUUAGAAGAUUGAUAUUAGUUAUUGGCUUUACUGUUUCUCGACCUCUCGCCUGGCAAUGUGACGUUAGUAUUGGGCCUUUUUUUUUUUUUUUUUUUUGAGCGUGGAAAA